AUGUCCAGCCAACCAAGAAAAUCCGAACUAACAACCCGAUCAGUAACCGGUAUAUGCGAGCUCGUCGGAUUCUCCGCGCCCACUCUCGGGGGUGGUCAUGGUUGGCUUCAGGGCCAAUACGGACCCAUGGCCGACCAGGUAAUAUCCGCCCGUCUCUUGCUUCCUUCUGGCGAACUUGUCACUGCGAAUAGAUUGUUACGAGAUCAACCAGCGGAGCUGGUUGAUUGGGGAUAUAUUAUCAAGGGUGCAGAGAUAGAUCCAGAUCAUCCGGUACUGUGCUUCGGUAUCAUCUAUAACGGCUUCCCCGAAAAAGCCAAUCAAUAUGCCAGACCAUUUCAUGACAUUGAACCACUUAGUGUACAGACAAGUCAGGGAUCACUACACGACCUUGCCGUCGUCACAUUCCAGGACGCGGAUGGUCCAGGAUGCGCUUACGGGAUGACAUCCCUUCGAUACCCUAUCGGGUUGAAAUCAUACAAUGCGACGGCCGUCAGACAGGUAUACAACGAGAUCGACUCAACAUUCCGCCAAGUUCCAGAGAUAGCUGGUUCAUUUUUCUUGCUCGAAGGCUACUCGAUUCAAGCAGUUAAAGCCAUCGAUGCAGCAAGUAAGGCAUUUCCGCACCGAGAUGAUAAUAUCUUGGUUACAUCGUACGUCAUGUAUGCGCCUGACUCGAACAUCGACCCGAUAGCAAAGGAAUUUGGUGAAAAGCUUCGAAAAUACUUGUUGGAUGGAAGCGAUGAUCCAGAACAUCUCCGCGCCUACGUCAACUAUGCCAAUGGCGAUGAGUCUUCACAGGCGAUCUAUGGGUGGGAGACAUGGAGAUUGGAGAAACUGAAGAAACUUAAAGCUCAGUGGGACCCUAAGAAUACCAUGCGGUAUUAUGUUCCUAUUGAACAGAGCAUCAACUAG